UCUUUCAUCUUAACCUGUUGUUCCCUCCUCCAGUCUCCUCCCCGUGUUGCCUGCCCUCCUUUUUCUGCAGCUCCUGUUAAGCUUUCAGUGCUCUGGAUCUUUAGCAAGAAGCACACUCAAACACUUCUUGCUUACCCUUUCUCCCUUGACCUUGAUCUGAGGAUGGCUAGGAGACCAAGGAACAGCAUAUACAGCUCAGAAGAUGAUGACGAUGACAUAGAAAUGUAUGAGCAUGACUAUGAUGGCCUGCUGACCAAGGGAAAACGCCACUUGGGAAAAACCCGCUGGACACGUGAAGAGGAUGAGAAACUCAAGACAUUAGUGGAACAGAAUGGCACAGACGACUGGAAGGUUAUUGCCAGUUUCCUUCCUAAUCGAACAGAUGUACAGUGUCAACAUCGGUGGCAGAAAGUUUUAAAUCCAGAACUUAUCAAAGGCCCAUGGACAAAAGAAGAGGAUCAACGGGUGAUAGAACUUGUGCAGAAAUAUGGCCCUAAACGUUGGUCUGUAAUUGCCAAGCACUUAAAGGGAAGAAUUGGCAAGCAAUGCAGAGAGAGGUGGCAUAAUCAUCUCAAUCCUGAAGUUAAGAAGACCUCUUGGACAGAAGAAGAAGACAGAAUAAUAUAUGAAGCUCAUAAGCGUCUGGGAAAUAGAUGGGCAGAAAUUGCAAAGCUUCUUCCUGGAAGAACUGAUAAUGCUAUCAAGAACCACUGGAAUUCUACCAUGCGUCGCAAGGUCGAACAAGAAGGUUACCUCCAGGAUUCAGUAAAAGCCAAUCAAUCUUCAGUAACCACAAACUUCCCAAAGAGCAACCACUUGAUUGGCUUCACCCACCCAUCACCGACACCCCAGCUCUCUCAAGCCAGCCAGCCACCAGUGAACAAUUACCCUUACUACCACAUGCCUGAGCAACAAGCUUCCUAUCCAGUGGCACUUCAUGUAAAUAUUGUGAAUGUCCCACAGGCAGCAACUGCAGCUGUCCAGAGACACUAUACUGAUGAAGAUCCUGAGAAAGAGAAGAGGAUAAAGGAACUGGAAUUGCUGCUUAUGUCUACAGAAAAUGAACUUAAAGGGCAGCAGGCACUGCCGAUCCAUGCUGCAGAUUACCCUGUGUGGCAAAGCACAACCAUUGCUGACAAUUCCAGACCGCAUGGGGACAGCGCUCCUGUGUCCUGUCAUGGUGAGCCACAUCAUUGUAUACCAUCUCCACCCGUGGACCAUGGCUGCCUACCUGAAGAGAGUGCCUCCCCUGCCCGCUGCUUUGGUAUUAACCUUUACAUUCAGAUGAAGAAUAUGCCAGAGUACGCAGACACACUGCAGCUUGUAGAUUCCGCUCCUGCAUCCUUGGUUGAACUAAACAGUUUUGAGAACUAUGAGAAAUCAGAUUCCUCACCAGUCCAAGCUUCAGAGCCUCACGAGGGUUUGGGUAGCCUCAUGAGCCCAGGGGGUGCCACUGAAUCACACUUAAGUAAAAACAUGUUGUGUCAUGGCUCCCCUACCUCGCCCAGCUCCUUAAAUUCUUCAAAAUGCACCCUGUCGCCGCUGAUCAUCCUGAGCAAAAAGAGAGGGCGCCUGAGCGACAUAGCCUGUGAAGAGAAUGGUCUCUUCAGCAUGGCUGAUGCCAGCAGUUCUACGCCCAAGCGCUCCCCAAUCAAAUGCCUACCCUUCUCUCCCUCCCAGUUCUUGAACAGUUCUGAGAAUCACGAGAAUCAUGCCAUGGACCACCCUUCUCUGACCUCAACACCACUCAGUGCCUCUCUCAAAACUGCCUUAUCCACACCACUGCACCGAGACAACACACCGAGGUUUCAAAAGGAAAAUCACAUUCUUAGAACGCCAGCAAUGAAACGAUCAAUCCUGGACUGCUCUCCAAGAACGCCAACCCCUUUUAAGAAUGCACUAGCAGCUCAGGAGUUCAAAUAUGGCCCUCUAAAACUCUUGCAUCACACCCCGUCACACCUUGCAGAAGACUUGCAGGAAGUCAUCAAACGGGAGUCUGACGAGUCUGGCAUUGUCCCCGAGCUCCAUGAAGUUGACGAGCCACGACUUAAAAAGAUCAAGCAAGAGGUGGAGUCGCCAACACAUAAAAUAGAAAACCUCUUUUUCCCAAGUCACUGGGAAACUGAGAACCUAACUACACAGCUUUUUCUACAAUCAAAUCAUAUAGAAGAUAGCCAGAAUAAUCUUCUUACAAGUUCCCUGCUAAUGAAGCCAAUGUGUGAAAAAGAAGAUUAUAAAUGUAAAGCAUUAGCCUUACCCAGGAACAGAUCGUUGGCAAGCCCAUUACAGCUGAGCAGCACAUGGGAGUCAUUGUCUUGUGGGAAGACAGAAGAUCAGAAAAUGAUAGCUGAACAGUACUGCAAGUAUAUGAAAACCUUCUCCACCCUUGUGAUGUGAAGAAGAAACGGGGUCUAGACAAGCAUUAUCAUUCUCAAAACACUUCAAAAUAACACAGAAUUGUUUGUACAAUUCAUCUACAGGAAGCAUUUUGGGAUUUUUAUUCAAGAUUGGGAGAAUUUGGUUGUGGUACAACAAUUGGGAGACGCAUCAAGUGCGUUUAAUUCUAGUCAUUGAGAGUAUUUUAUGUCGUCCAUCUACUAUAAUAUAAAACUGUAUAUAAUGAAUGGUUUUUAACACGUUGAUAAAACAAAAAUGUUGACAAUUUUGCCUAUAUUUUUAGGUGUUGCAUUGUAACCUUUCACAAAAUAUUUUGGAGAACAAGCAAACACACCAGUAUUGUUGGGAUAUAUAUUAAGAGCAGGCACUCUACUAGUUUAUUUUUCUUUGCCAGUAGACAAAAUGCAUUGUUGCCAAAAAGUAGCAGGCAUUAAUACAUAAUUCAUUAUUUAUCGCAGGUUCACCAAUAAUGGCAAACAGAAUCAAAAUUUGAAUGCUCUAAGCUUUUGAUGUUUGAAGUACUGUUUCAUAAACAAAUGCCCAUGUGCUGUGGGAUUUUUAUUUUAUUAAAAAAAGCUUUCUUAAGAAUAUACAAACUGGAAAAACAGAUUUUUUAAUAAAAUCAAAUUUAUAUUUUUUAUUCAGUAAUUUAAUUUUUUCAUUUAAAAAAUGCCAAAUGAAUGGUCUUUUUUUUAUCACCCCCUGCUGCUAUUUUUAUAGCAUGUAGACAUUGCUGGCAUUGUGAAAGCACAAUAGCGAUUUGUACAGAGACAACCUCUAUGGUAAUGUCUGCUUAAUUAUGCACUAGCAUUUCAUACGAUUUUUGUUCUGUUUUGUUAUUGAUUUUACUUGUACAUUUUCUAAGAAAUAUUUUGGGAGAUUGUUUGAAGCCUUGCACCUUCAUUUGUUUGGGAGAAGAUUGCAUUUCAUGUAUUUUUUAUUUGCCUUGUGUAUAUUUUCUUCAUGUUUUGUUCUGUAUAGUACUGCCUCUUAUGUAAGCUUUUACAAACAAAACCAUUUUUUUUAUUGAUUUUGCUGCCUUAAAGCAUUUUGUGCAGCAUACCUGCACUUAUUUUGUACUGCCUUGUUUUUAAAAAAUAAAGUGUCUUUGUAAAAAA